CCAAACUCACAUGCCGGACUCCCGCUUCCUGUCCAGCAGCUCCAGAUGGGGCAGAUCAAUGCGCGCAUUCCUGCUCAUUGUAACUGUAGCGGCAUGUGAUUUCAGCCCGUAAUGUCCGCGCGCUGGACGGAGCACAAUGCGCUGAAUAUGGUGCCACUCGGAAACACGGAGCUGUACGCACAAUCUGCUUUGCAAUUACUUUUUAAUCUGUUAAUACGGAGUGAAACCGCAGCUGUCUCGCUCAGGGUUGUUUUGCUGAGGUGACUACAGAGCCAUGAGGUCCUCGUCCUCGCGUUUGUCAAGUUUUUCCUCCAGGGAUUCAUUAUGGAGUCGGAUGCCGGAUCAGAUCUCCGUGUCCGAGUUUCUCUCGGAGACGACGGAGGAUUACAAUUCCCCUACGACCUCGAGCUUCACCACCCGCCUGCAGAGCUGCCGGAACACGGUCAAUGUUCUGGAAGAGGCUUUGGAUCAGGACCGAACUGCUUUACAGAAGGUCAAGAAAUCUGUCAAAGCAAUCUACAACUCGGGUCAAGAACAUGUGCAGAAUGAAGAGAAUUAUGGACAGGCACUGGACAAGUUUGGCAGCAACUUCAUCAGCCGAGAUAACUCUGAUCUGGGAACAGCCUUCAUCAAGUUUUCUGGACUUAUCAAAGAGCUGGCUGCUCUCCUCAAGAACCUGCUCCAGAGCCUCAGCCACAACGUCAUCUUCACCCUGGACUCUCUGCUCAAAGGAGAUCUAAAGGGAGUGAAGGGGGACCUUAAAAAGCCUUUUGACAAGGCCUGGAAAGACUAUGAAACCAAGUUCACAAAGAUCGAGAAGGAGAAGAGAGAACAUGCCAAGCAGCACGGCAUGAUCCGCACAGAGAUCACCGGCGCAGAGAUUGCAGAAGAGAUGGAGAAGGAGCGGAGGAUCUUUCAGCUGCAGAUGUGUGAGUACCUGAUCAAAGUCAAUGAGAUUAAGACCAAGAAGGGAGUGGAUCUCCUCCAGAAUCUCAUCAAGUAUUAUCAUGCACAGUGCAAUUUCUUCCAGGAUGGCUUGAAAACUGCUGACAAGUUGAAGCAGUAUAUUGAAAAAUUAGCAGCUGAUCUUUAUAAUAUAAAACAGACUCAGGAUGAGGAGAAAAAACAGCUCACAGCUCUCAGAGACCUCAUCAAAUCUUCCUUACAGCUGGACCAGAAGGAGUCUAGGAGAGAUUCUCAGAGUAAGCAGAGCGGUUACAGCAUGCACCAGCUGCAGGGCAAUAAGGAGUUUGGCAGUGAGAAGAAGGGCUAUCUCUUUAAGAAGAGUGAUGGGAUCCGUAAGGUGUGGCAGAGGAGGAAGUGCUCAGUGAAAAAUGGCAUCCUCACCAUCUCUCAUGCCACAUCCAACAGGCAGCCGGUGAGACUGAAUCUGCUGACCUGCCAGGUUAAACCCAGUGGAGAGGAUAAGAAGUGCUUUGACCUCAUCUCUCAUAAUCGAACAUAUCAUUUCCAGGCAGAGGACGAACAGGAGUUUGUGAUAUGGAUCUCGGUGCUGACUAAUAGUAAGGAGGAGGCUCUGAACAUGGCAUUUCGUGGGGAGCAGAGUGCUGGAGAUGACAGUUUGGAGGACUUGACCAAAGCCAUCAUCGAGGACGUGCUGCGCAUUCCUGGAAACGAAGUCUGCUGUGACUGUGGGGCUCCAGAGCCCAAAUGGUUAUCCACUAACCUCGGCAUCCUGACGUGCAUCGAGUGUUCAGGAAUCCACAGGGAAAUGGGAGUCCAUAUUUCGCGCAUCCAAUCCAUGGAGCUUGACAAACUUGGAACCUCUGAACUCUUGCUGGCUAAGAACGUGGGCAACAGUAGUUUCAACGAAAUAUUAGAAGGGAAUCUGCCGAGUCCUUCACCAAAGCCAGCGCCAUCAAGUGACAUGACCGAGAGGAAGGAGUACAUCAAUGCGAAGUACGUGGAGCACAGGUUCGCUCGGCGAACGGCCACUACAGCCACAGCCAGACAGGGCGACUUGUACGAGGCGGUGAGAACGCGAGACUUGAUGGCUCUCAUUCAGCUCUAUGCAGAUGGAGUGGAGCUAAUGGAUCCUUUCCCAGAAGCAGGACAGGACCCGGGAGAGACAGCUCUGCACUUUGCUGUUCGGACAUCAGACCAGACUUCCCUGCACCUGGUGGACUUUCUUGUCCAAAACAGUGGGACUCUAGACAGACAGACGGAGAGUGGAAACGCUGCUCUCCAUUACUGCUGCACAUAUGAGAAGCCAGAGUGUCUCAAACUGCUGCUCAGGGGAAAACCGUCUAUUGACCUGGUUAAUCAAAACGGGGAGACAGCAUUGGAUAUCGCCAGACGACUGAGAAAUGUACAGUGUGAAGAGCUACUGGUGGAGGCAGCAGCCGGGAGGUUUAAUCCUCAUGUGCAUGUGGAGUAUGAGUGGAAUCUGCGGCUGGAGGAGAUUGAUGAGAGUGACGAUGACCUGGAUGACAAGCCCAGUCCAGUGAAGAAGGAGCGUUCUCCUCGUCCUCAGAGCUUCUGUCAUUCGUCCAGCGUGUCUCCUCAGGAGAAGUUAACCCUGCCGGGGUAUCUAGGACACAGGGACAAGCAGAGACUGUCCUAUGGAGCCUUUGCCAACCCCGUCUACAGCACCUCCACCGAAACCCCUGCAUCUCCAGUGUCAGAGGGACCCACCAUAGCCAGCAAGACCCCUGCAAAAGCUCCGUCCUGUGGGCCGCCCACCUCUCUGCCGCUGGGAUCUCAAUCGAGUGCAGGAGGCAGCUCCACUCUGUCUAAGAAGAGAGCUCCUCCUCCACCUCCCGGACACAAGCGCACCCACUCAGAUCCCCCCAGUCCCGUACUGCAGGGUCCGCAGAGCAAAGGAAGUGAGUCCACACCUCCUUCUGCAAAUCGGACAUCCCCGGCCAACAAGUUUGAGGGAAUCCAGCAGCAGCAAAGCACUACGUCUAUGAACACAAAAGCAACAUUUGGCCCACGAGUUCUUCCCAAACUACCUCAAAAAGUGGCACUACGAAAGAUUGACACAAUCCACCUCCCAUCAGUGGACAAGUCUGGUCCUGAUGUGCUUCAGAAACCCCCACAGGCCCAGGAUGCACCUCCCACCAGAGCCUCAGAUACAAUAACCAGACCCACUGAACCUCCACCUAAAAUUCCACAGGUCGCAGAACGAUCCCAGCCUGUGGAUGUCCCGCAGAAACCGCACAUCUCAGACCUUCCUCCCAAACCGCAACUAUCAGAUCUUCCCCCCAAACCCCAAUUGUCGGAUUUACCACCAAAACCUCAGCUUUCUGACCUGCCCCCGAAGCCUCAGCUUAAGGAUCUUCCCCCUAAGCCGCAGAUCAGUGAUCUGCCAUCCAAACCGGCCGUGUGUUCUGCAUCUGAGGCCACACAAAGGCAGUCAACGCAGGAGGAAACCAGUCCGAAGCCCCAGCUGACGGAGACACAGUCAUUCAGCCAGCAGGAGGAGCUCUCACCCCGACAGGCCAGCGAGGACACCAAUGGAGCGCCCGCAGGAGCCUUGGAAAUGCCAGUCCCAAUGCCACGCAAAAUUAACACAGUAGCAAAGAACAAAGCGAAGCGUGUGAAAACCAUCUAUGAUUGCCAGGCAGACAAUGACGAUGAGCUGACUUUUGUGGAGGGCGAGGUUAUAAUUGUCACAGGAGAGGAAGACCAGGAGUGGUGGAUCGGGCACAUAGAGGGUCAGCCUGAAAGGAAAGGGGUCUUCCCAAUGUCCUUCGUGCACAUUCUGUCAGACUGACAGUGCAUGACCGGCAGCCGAGAGGCUCUCUAACUAGCACAAGCUCCGCUCUCUCUGGCCUCACACUGGACUGUGGGCAUUGCCUCUGUACAUAGCUGCUGAAACCCAAACGGUCUCCAAACACAUACAAAACAUGAAGUAUCAAACCCAUGCUCCCUUAAUCCUCAAGGGUGAAAUGUGUAAACUAUGUGUUGUUCAUAAACUGUGUUAUCCUGCCUACCAGUAUUAUCGUAGCCAUGGCAGCCCAGCAUGCCAUAACUGGGUUUGCAGUAGCUAUACUUGGAAAUCUAGCACUUAACAUGUAUGCUGUAACUUUGUGUAUGUGUACACAUAUAGAAUUAUAUGUAUGUCCAUUUUAAGUGUGUCUUUGUACAUACAUAUGCACAGACGUAAGUGUAUAUUUAUGUACGUAUGUAUAAUGUACAAGUGUGCAAAUGUAUGUUAACCCUGCUUGCUUAUGGAGCCAGAGUGACUCUAGACAUUUUAGUGUACUGUUUUAAAUGAAGAAAAACAAAAGAAAACAACUCAAAUCAUCUCUUAAUUUUUUGGAAGGCCUAAAUAAUAAGCAAGAUCACAUAAAUGCUACACCAGUGCUGAAAUUCCCAGCAUAGUGGCAUGCUGGUCAGGGAUCGAAACCAAAAUGUAAAGGUUUAAACAUCUCAUCUGCUAUAUGUAAUCAGAAUAUGCAUUCAUUCAGAUUGCAUCACUUGCAUCAAAGCCCAGAAAACCUCUUUAUUAUAAUUGCCUCUGUAAGUAGGAGGACAAUUUACAGCCCUCGAAUAUUGCUGGCAUACUCUUAGCACCUUGGUAUACUCUUAGCGAAAUUGUUUUUCGUUCUUCAUGUAGAGGAUAAAAGACAUUUAAAAGUCGCGGAUUACAGUUAGCGAAUAUCCCAGUGCUCCCCAUACUGUUUGCUUUCUUCCCGAUGUCAGAAUAAACAUACAACUAAACUGAUAGCGCUGAGAAAACAGCAGCUAAGACAGCACCCGCGUAACCCCGCUGGUCCUACAAUACCAAACCUACUCUGAGCUGGGAUCAAACUGGUGAAACUCAUUGCUUCUGCUGCAUUCACCCCCUUAAACCUCAUUCCUGUUUGGGUCACGGCAGCAAUGUUACCCUGCCGGUCUUACACUACCCUGCUCGCUCUGAGCUGGAAUCGAAACGGAGAUUCUUUGUAUGGGAGUUGGUUGCUUUUACAAGGAGGCUAAAGACGAUGGCCUUUAGCGUUUGUCGCUGGAGCACCUUUAGAGGUCAGAGGAGUGAGGUUUACCUGCUCAGCACUUCACUAGCUUUCCUCUGCUACAAUCACUCCCCUAAACCUCACUACUAUCCAGGUCACAGCACCAAUGUAACCCUGCCGGUUCUACACUACCCUGCUGGCUCUGAGCUGGGAUCAAAUGUAGCGAUUCUUUGUAUGGGAGUUGGUUGCUCUAACAAGGUGGCGAAAGAGCAUGGCCUCUAGCAUCUAUCACUAGAGCACCUUUAGAGGUCAGAGGAGUGAGGUUUACCUGCUCAGCAUUUCACUAGUUGGCCUCUGCUACAAUCACUCCCCUAAACCUCACUCCUAUCCAGGUCAUGGCUCCGAUGUUACCCUGCCGGUCCUACACAACCCAACCUGCUCUGAGCUGGGAUCGAACCGGCAAUACUUUGUAUGCGAGUUGGUUGCUCUUACAAGGAGGCUAAAGACCAUGGCCUCUAACAUCUGUCGCUAGAGCACCUUUAGAGGUCAGAGGAGUGAGGUUUACCUGCUCAGCACUUCACUAGCUGGCCGCGGCUACACUCACUCCCCUAAACCUCACUCUCACCCAGGUCAGGGCACCAACUUAACCCCGCCAGUCCUCCACUACCCAACCCGCUCUAAGAUGGAAUCAAACAUGGCGAUUCUUUGCAUGGGAGUCGGUUGCUCUAACAAGGAGGGUAAAGACCAUGGCCUCUAGCAUUUGUCACUAGAGCACCUUUAGAGGUCAGAGGAGUGAGGUUUACCGGCUCAGCACUUCACUAGCUGGCCUCUGCUACAGUCACUCCCCUAAACCUCACUCCUAUCCAGGUCACGGCACCAAUGUAACCUCGCCGGUCCUCCACUAGCCUGCCCGCUUUGUGCUGGGAUCGAACCCGGCGAAUCUUUGUAUGGGAGUCGGUUGCUCUAACAAGGUGACUAAAGGCCAUGGCUGUCGCUAGAGCACCUUUAGAGGUCAGAGAAGUGAAGUUUACCUGCUCAGUACUUCCCUAGCUGGCCACUGCUUCACCUGCAACUUGGCUCUUUAGUCAAAUCCUGCCACAUGUAUUUUUUUUAGCACUUUAUAUAGAAUAUAGCUUUGAAGUAGGCAGCUUUACAGUGUUAAACAUGAAAAAAACAGUGUUAGCAUUACUUCAAAUUAGAAUUACGCAUCACUUUUCACAAUAGUGCAGUUUUUAGUAUAUUUUUAACCAUGGAUGUCCGACUUUCACAGACUGAACAGGGGUCACAGAGUCACACCUAAAAAAAAUUGUAACCCAAACUUGUUUACCAGCUGAAGAAAGCUCAGUUUGCUCCUUUGAUUCAAACUGGUUUUGUUCAAAGUCAACUUCUCUUUAAGUAUACCAGGGCUUCAACCUUAGUGCUUCAUAAGCAAUAUUCAUAUACUCUCCAAGCAAUUAUGCUCAUAAUAAGUAAUAAUUUAAGGAACCACUAAAAAAUCAAAUGAUCAAAACGUUUCAGUGUCUACAAGGUGGUUACGGCUUUGGUUGCAUCUGUGGGAUCGCUUCAUUCCUUGCCCCCCAUGUUUGUUUAAUGCCAAAUCUGACAAAACCGAUGCCUCAGACUCUGGGAAAGUGUCCUUGUCAAAAGAUCAUACAAUAACCUACCUUCUUCAUCUGGUCUCUGGUGAUUAUUCACCAAUUGUAAAGCAUAAAUUAUAAAGUGUAUGGAUCUGAGUGGUCAAGUGUUGUUGGCUUUAUCUAGUUGAGCAGAACGCAAUCUGUUACAGGUCGCUUAUAGGAUGAGUUUUCAUUGUUUGCUUACGGUGACUGUGGAAUGUGAUUUUUCUUACUGUUUGUUUUGUUGUUUUUAAGUUGAAUUGAAGUGCAAGGGGACCCGGCGGUGAGUGACUGACUGUCCGUGUGACUCAGAAUGAACUAACGCUGCCUCUUAUUUUCGUUACCCUAUCAGGGAGACCAGCAUUCACUCUUGGUUUUUAACUGUUAUUGUAAUAACAGCAACAACAACAAAGAAGAUGUAUUAAUGAAUGCCAUCUGUACUAUAUUUGAUGAUGACAGUAUUUGACAUUUAUAGGGCUAAAGUGUUUCAGCAUGGAGAGGGACGGACCCUUCAAGUGUAGUUUAUUAUUAUGGGUUUUGUUCUUCGGUUUUAGGUCAUGUUAAUAUUAUUCAAUGGAUGCAUAACAGAAACACCUCCAACUUCAAGAUUGUGGAAUAAUGUUCGCUACCGAGCUGUUUUUGUUUCAACCCUAUUGAAUAGGCCACUGUUGGAGCGUGUUUUGUCUGUUUCGAUGUUCAGUCCAGCACAACUCCAGAUGAUCCGUUCUUGUGUCGCUAAUAUUGUAGCAUAUCAAAGCCUGGAAACGGUCAAGAGGACAACUUCACAUUUAAGUGAACAAACUGGAUUGAUUCAGUCCUAAUUUUACAUUUAGGAUGGAUUUUGCCACUCUCUCUUACUUUGUUUUUUCUUUGUCUGUGUUUGCUACACUGUAAGUUCAGUCAGAAAGAAAAUCAAACUUGGUUAUCAAGUCUUCGAAUCCUAAAAUAAAGACUUUACGUUGAAACCAUGAA